AUGACUGCUCCGAUGAACGUUUUGUCGUCCAGAAGGACAGUUUUACUAGCAGUAUUGGCUAAGCACGAACAAUUUUUGGCAGAAUUUGACCCGGAACGGGAUGCAAUCGAAAUCAACAUUCGCAUUGCAAAGGUCCAGAAGCUUUCCGUUGAUUUGGAAGCAAUUCAGGCCAAAUUGGAAGAUGCGGCGGCCACCGAGGAAGUGAUAAGUCACAAUGCCGCGUUACGAGACGAUUUUGGCUCGCGUUUGAUACGCCUUGAAGCCCAUUUAAUGGCUAAACGGGUGCACGCUCCGCGAUCCGCAAGCACAACACCAAACACUAACCCGUUGGCAGGGAUAAAGCUUCCCACCAUCUCACUUCCUGAGUUCGAUGGUGAUUACAUGCAAUGGCUCACGUAUAGGGACACUUUUGAGGGAUUAAUUCACGAAAACAUAGAACUACCACCGAUACAAAAGUUUCAUUAUUUACGAGCUUCCGUGAAAGGCGAGGCCGCAAAGGUGAUCGAAGCAAUCACGAUCAGCGCAGCCAAUUACGAGCUAGCAUGGCAAAUGCUCACCGAACGAUACUCGAAUGAGUAUUUGUUAAAGAAACGGCAUCUUCAAGCGCUUUUUGGUAUGGCCACCGUUAAGAAGGAGAGUGCAUCAACCCUUCACCAUCUUGUGGAUGAGUUCGAACAUAGUGCCUCCCAGCCAGAUUUGAUGAGUAGCCGUUUUGCUAACCGGCUAGGUAUCAAAUCGGGCACGGUCGACAUCACGCUGAUUGGUGCUGGUCAAUCGUCCACCCCGGUGCGGAAAUCGAUGCGCACCACGGUAUCAUCCAGAGCGAGCCCUUAUGCGAUUAACGUUGAGUUUUUGAUAGUCGAGAAGCUUAUUGCUGACCUGCCCGCACAUGAUGUGCCCACCAGCGGCUGGAAAUUACCGCCACAUAUCAUAUUCGCCGACCCCCAUUUCGAUAAGUCGGCACCGAUCGACAUUAUUCUCGGUGCCUAG